AUUUUAUUGGUCAGAUAAAGAGCGUAAAGUUUCGAAUUAAAAAUAUCUGAAAGAUACUCGAUAAGACGCUUUUUGUUGUUAACAUAUAUUGAUACUGUUUGGUGGCUCUGGAAUAUGGAGAGGAUAUUUUUUUCCUUUUCUGGCAAUUCUGUGGCCUCUCCUUUUUUUCCGCUUUAAAUUGUUUUCUCCAAUCAUAAUUGGUCUUGUUGGCACAUUUUCACUCUCUGUAAUUUCAUUCCAUGACCAUCUGUGCUGCAAAUUAAACCAGUUGGUUGAAUGUGGCUUGUUUGGAUGACAUGGACCAAGUUGGGGAGGACGUGUCUGCAAAUGAUAUAAGUGGGAAUGCUCAACUUAAAAGAAUAGAACGCAAUCUUUCCUUAAAAUUAGAUGGUCAUAAUAUGUUAGAGUCACCAAUAAUUAUUGGUGCAUCUGCGAGGGAAGGUUGGCCAGAGAGCUCAAUCCAUAAUUUUACCAAUACUAUAGAGGCUUCUUUGGCUGCAUCUGAACCCCCUUGCAGUAGCCCUUGUUCUAUGAAUGACAGGCUUGCAGUGGUUGAAGAGUUGACAGUGGGAAAUUACAGGACAGGUAAUUCAGAUAUAGUUAGUAGCCCAAACAGUUCAAGGCAGGGCCAGUGGCAACAACUACAUCUUUUAGCAAGUGGGUCUGGAUACAAGGGUUUGCAUAGAGACUCUAUGUCCCAAGAGAAAGAUCGAGUAAUGUUGAGCGUCAGAGAGCAGUUUAGGAAGAUGUCUUCUGAUGUACAAAGUCCUAAUUAUUUGUCAAGAAAGCAAAUUAAUAAAGCGCCAGAGGAAGUUUCUCCAUAUUUAAGGGCAAGGGACAAUAUGAUCGUCUCGAGCAAUACGCCACCAUUUGGGAAUACUCAAUUGAAACCGUCAUCUACGAAUACACCUGGCUUUUCACAGUUAUUUAUAAAGAAAACUUUGAAGGGAAAAGGGGUUAUUAGCAGAAACCCUGACACUCGAAGAGACCUUGGCAGUGCAGUUGUGAGGCAGAAUGAUGAAAAACUUGGUUGUCUAUCUUCUAAGGUUGUUUCUGAUUCAUUGUUUAAAUCUUGUGCCAAUUAUGACAUGAUUUCUUCCCAUGGGGUUAAUAGGCUUGGUCCUGAAUCUUUACACGCUGGCAUUUGCUUGAGAGAAUGGCUUAAAUCAAGGAGUCGGAAAGGAGAGAAGGUUGAAAGUCUGCAUAUAUUUAGGCAGAUUGUGGAGUUGGUGGAUUCUGCUCACUCUCAAGGCAUUGCCUUGCAAGACUUACGGCCAUCCUAUUUCUAUUUAAGUCCAUCAAAUAGGGUUAUAUACACUGGUUCAUCUGCCAAGAGAGAACCGAAUUUUGUUGUGAAUCAGGAUUUGGGAAAGAAGCGGUCACUGGAACAAGACAUGCAAGUGCACUGUAAUUUAGCUGUGAAGCAGCAAAAGCUCAGUGAUGACAUAAAAUCUGUUACACACCAGGUCCAUUUCUUCUCCAGUAGUAGUUCUAGGACUAAGAAAUGGAAUGAGACCGAUUUUCAUGUAAAUGAUCCUCAGAUUUCUGAAUAUGUUGAACCCAAUUCUCAAAAUGCACUCACCUGCUCGAGUAUGUUGUCUACAAAGGAUCAGCAGUCUUUUGUUGCAAUUGCUCAGCUGGAAGAGAAGUGGUAUAUUAGUCCAGAGGAGCUCAAUGAUGCAGGUUGUACGUUUUUGUCUAAUAUCUAUGGCCUUGGGGUUCUUCUUUUUGAGUUGCUGUGCUAUUUUGAAUCAGCGGAGGUGCAUUCUGUUUCGAUGUUGAAUUUGCGCCAUCGGAUUCUCCCACCAAAUUUUCUUUCAGAAAAUCCAAAGGAAGCUGGCUUUUGUCUUUGGCUUCUUCAUCCUGAACCUUUAUCUCGUCCAACAACUAGGGAAAUUCUGCAGUCUGACUUAAUAUGCAUAUUACAAGAGUUGCAUUCCUGUGAUGAUAUGUUAAUAUCUGCUGAUGAUGAUGAAGCUGAAUCAGAGCUGUUGCUUAAUUUUCUAGUUUCAUUGAAAGAACAAAAGCAGAAGCACGCUUUCAAAUUAGUUGAUGAUAUAGGGUGUUUGGAAGAAGAUAUUAAAGAGGUUGAGGGAAAGCACUUGCAAAAGAUAUCCUCUGUGUUUCCUCAGACACACAAGAAAUGUUUUAAUGCCACAAAACAGGGCUUUUGUUUUGAAGAUCCUAUAACUUCUGCUGCAGUUUCUCAGCCAUUUUCUGUUUCAAGUAGGAAUGAGGCGAGGUUGAUGAGAAAUAUCAGUCAGCUUGAGGAUGCCUAUUUCUCUAUGAGAUCCCAAAUUCGACUUACAGCAACUGCCGCUACUGCUGGGCAUUCUGAUAAAGACUUGCUUAAGAGUAGAGACAGGUGGUCUGAGUUGCAAAAUGGGAAUGAGUCAAACAUGGCUCAGAAAUCUGAUGAUCGUCUUGGAGCAUUUUUUGAAGGUUUGUGCAAGUUCACCCGCUAUAGCAAUUUUGAAGUGUGUGGGACAUUAAGAAAUUGAGAUCUUCUGAAUUCUGCUAAUGUGAUUUGUUCUUUAAGUUUUGACCGUGAUGAGGAGUACAUUGCUGUGGCUGGGGUAUCAAAAAGAAUCAAGAUUUUUGAGUUUAAUUCACUUCUGAGUGGUUCUACUGAUAUCCAUUAUCCUGCUGUUGAGCUGUCAAACAGAUCUAAGCUUAGCUGUGUUUGCUGGAACAAUUACAUUAAGAACUAUUUGGCUUCAACUGAUUAUGAUGGUGUAGUUCAGAUGUGGGAUGCGAGCACUGGUCAAGGAUUCUCUCAAUAUGCAGAGCACCAGAAGAGGGCUUGGUCUGUCGACUUUUCUCAAGUUGCCCCUACAAGUUUUGCUAGUGGAAGUGAUGACUGUUCUGUGAAACUGUGGAGCAUUAAUGAGAAAAAUUCUGUUGGCAUCAUCCGGAACCCUGCCAAUGUUUGCUGUGUUCAGUUCUCUUCUUUCUCUCCUCAUUUGUUGGUUUUUGGAUCUGCUGAUUAUAAGCUCCACUGCUAUGAUAUUCGAAAUACAAGGAUUCCUUGGUGCACUCUAGCUGGCCAUGAGAAAGCUGUUAGCUAUGUGAAAUUUUUAGAUUCAGAAACCCUGGUUUCUGCAUCAACAGAUAACACCCUAAAGCUAUGGGAUCUUAGAAAAAGCAGCCCAUCUGGGCUGUCCACUGGUGCUUGCAGCUUAACUUUCAGUGGCCAUACAAAUGAGAAGAAUUUUGUGGGUUUAUCUGUUUUGGAUGGAUACAUAGCAUGCGGAUCAGAAUCUAAUGAGGUUUAUAGUUAUUAUAGAUCUUUGCCAAUGCCAAUCACAUCUCACAAAUUUGGAUCCAUUGAUCCUAUUUCUGGACUCGAGAGUGGUGAUGAUAAUGGACAGUUUGUUUCAAGUGUGUGUUGGAGACAGAAGUCAAACAUGGUUGUUGCAGCAAACUCAAGUGGAUGUAUAAAACUAUUGCAAUUGGUGUCAUAAAAGCUGCUUCUCUUUAGAUGACCUAGAAUUCGGCUGUACUCUCUUCUCACAAGUAGUUGUCUUACAUCUUCUUGGCGUUAAAACUUAGUCAGAACUGGGAGCUUAUACAUGUUGAAGACUAAACGAGGGAGUUAAGCUCUCAGCUGCUACUUAAUGCCGUGGAUAGGCUUGCACAAGACUGGUAUAGUAUUUCAGCCUUCUGGCAGUUACAAUCAGAAAUCUCUUUUUGUAGCUAGCUACUCCUGCAAGGUGUUUCUCUAUUUGAAAACCAUGCUGAGACCUUUCUAUUAAGAUCAAAAUGGAAUGGAAGUUGGCUACGAGGAACAUCACUUUUUAAAAACAAAUGUAUGGAGCUGCAUCAAUUUUACGAACUGGAGGUCAAGUGAUUGAAGAUCUUGUUACCUUUGGUUCAUUGCCUAGGCAAAAACUUGAUCAUGGAUUGAUUAUAAAGGUGGACCGAAAUUGGAUUACUGGAUGAGCUGCAGUAUCAAGAAUUGUGCAUGAGCACAUGCCGUGUACAGGAAAAUAGUUUGUCAGCAGACUGAUAUGCAGAUCAUUCCCUGGUGCAGUGGUAAAUGCUUGGGCUAGAAGCUCAAAACUGCAGGUUUAGCUUUGUGAGGGUCAACAUUUUCGUGGAGAAAACAGCUGAAGUAGACCAUUUCAAUAUCUCCUCUGCCAACACCAUACUAUGGCUAGGCCAAAUAUCUGGGUAAUGGAUUAUGGAUUUUUUUGUGUACUGAUACAGAAAAGGAAAGUAAAUUCUUGAACUUAAACUUUUAAGAAAGGCCUGUGAUUGCUCCUCAAAACUGUGCAUUCUCUUGGCUAGGGUGUGCAAUCUUUUCAAUAUUCAAGGGAGUAAAUUCAUAUUUUUACUAAAGGAAAUUUUCUUGAUGUAGAUGAAAGUUUUGUCAUUUCUUGUAUAAUCAAGUUAGUUUUUGCUCAAUAUAAUUCCUUCCCGCCGUCGUUAAAGCAAAGUUCCCCUAUAAUAUGUUAUUUAGCAACUUCAUUACGUGACAUGUUGAUCUUGUUUUCCAUGCAUUGAAUUCUUUUCUUUGACAAUAUAUAGCUGAAAAAAAUUGAAUGAUAUAGAAAAGAUAAUGGCUGUUCAGCAGAAAUAAUUAAGUAUACAGGUUGAAAGAUUCAUAAGUGCAGCUAAAAUAUUCCUGCUGUACCAAACUGGCUACCACAAGAAUUCGACGCAACAAAGCCCCCUCUCCACGUAUUGUU